AUGAAUCUCAAUUUGCAAGACUUUUUGGCCGUGGAGGCCGAUAGUGACGUCGACGCGAAGAGCGACUAUCCAGUCGACCUGCGUGCCCUGGAUUUCGUGUCGAGCUAUGACUCCCAUCUCAUGUGUCCGAUAUGCCAUUGUCCCCUCGUCCAACCAGUGCGCCUACAAUGCGAUCAUGUCUUCUGCGACAAGUGCCUGCGAUCGGCUAUCACCAGCUUCCGUUCGACCGACGCCGAGGAAUUUCCCUGCCCUUCAUGUCGGACCCCAACCAGCCAGGUCUCAACGAGUGUACCGCGCUUGUUGAUCAACAUGUGUGAUGAUAUUCAAGUGAGAUGUCCGUUGUCGUCAGAAGGGUGUCCGGAGACUGUGCCUCGGGGCCAUGUCCAGUCGCACGUCGAUAAGUACUGUGGGUAUAGGCUGGUGCCGUGCCCAGAUAAGGAGUGCGGAAAGAAGACGCGGAAGAUGGAUCUCGAACAGGAAAACAGGUGCAGGCAUAGCUUAGUCCGGUGUACACGGUGUGAGGAGGACAUUAUGGAACAAGACUUCGAGGAACACGAUAAUGAGCUAUGCUCAAGACUCCAAACAUUAUGCGUAGACUGCGGGACUAUUGUUCUACAGCGAGAGUUCAAGAGGCAUGUCGAAACGUGUCUCGAAGUUGUCAGCCCUUGCACUGCAUCGAAGUACGGAUGCCCUGUCAAGGUGCGACGCGCGGAAAUUGCAAUCCACGAGCAACAAUGCCCAUUAGUCGCAAUCGGUCCAUACUUCGAGGCGCAAAAUACGCGGCUAAACUCCCUCGAGGUAACCAUGCGUCACCUCCAACAACGAAAUGAGAUCUUGGAAGAUGGCCUUGCCAAUGUUCGAUCUACACUCAUGGAGUCCUCCCGCGCUGGACGCGACAGCUACAACCCACGAUCUGCGUCAAACAGCGGUCGCAACAGAGCGGAGGACAUCGACGAGCCAAACGACCGUUCAUCAACAUACUUGCUCUCCGUCCACGAGUCGCUCCGCGACGAAGUGGCCGCCAUGUCCCAUGCGCUGACCGACCUCGACGCUCGUGCCAGCAUGACCAUAAUGAGCGAAUGUCUUCGCAUCAAAGAGGACAUGGCACAUACCAAUGCUGCUGUGAACAGUGUUCGCAUGCAGGUCCAGUGGCUCAUGAACCCGAGCCUUCAUUCCGGGACACGGGCUGCGACUGCACGUCAGACUCCAGCUAACAGUGCAAGUGAGGCUCGCUCGACUCUUCCUUCUACCUCGGCUGCUGGGCCGAGUAAUACAGAUUCUUAUAACUCGACUGGGCCCUUGGAACCUACACGGCCGAGGCGACCUAGUGAUAGUGGGCGUGAGGGCACGAAACUUUGA